AUGUCCGUCGUCGUUCACAACAUCAACACCAGGGACGAAGAAACGCCGCUCCUCAUCUCUGUGCACUCCGAACCUGCGCCCGGCGGUCCCUCGCGUCUUCCACAGCGCCAACAGCGCCAACAGCAGCAGCACCUCCGCCACCUCGCCAUGGCCAGCAUGUUCUUCUGGCGUGUUGGCGCCCUGUACGGCGCCACGGCCGUCGCCCUUGGCGCGUUUGGCGCGCACGGGCUCAAGAACCGCGUCAGCGACCCGGCCAAGCUGGCGACGUGGUCGACGGCGGCGCACUACCAGCUGGCGCACUCUGUGGCGAUGCUGGCGGCGCGGGGCCACCCGGUGGCCUCGUCACUUUUCGCGACGGGCAUGACCCUGUUCAGCGGCAGCAUCUACGCGCUGGUGCUCGACCCGGAGCGGUUCAAGGCUCUGGGGCCCGUGACGCCGGUGGGCGGGCUGUGCCUGAUUCUGGGGUGGUUGUCGCUCGUCUUUUCGCGGGGCCGGAUCCAGCUGUAA